CUGCCGUCCAAUCCAUCCAUUUGUUCUUGUUCCCUCCUCUUGACCCACCCAAUCCUCCCCAUCUUUUCCUCCCAACAACCUACUUCACCAAAGAUGUGAUCAGACUGCUGGAUAGUGCAGCCCACGCAGUUGUUGUUUGCUCACACUUACCAUUCGCAGGGGACGAAAGCCAGUGGAGGUUCAACCCAGUCCAGCUGCAGCCAGAGCGCAGACGCCGCCGCCAAGAUGGCGGCCAGCUCAGCCUCGUCCUCGUCCUCGUCGCCCUCAGACUCGCGUCACGGCGAUUCGCUGCACGCAGGUGGUGGCCCAGACCACCGCCAGCCAGCCAAGCACGCCCACGAUGCACCGCCCGUCCCCGUCGAGGUCCUCGUCGAGUACCUGCUCGCCGCCAAGCGCGCCCUCUCCUCCAUGACCCUCGUCCUCCGCGCCAACGACCUGACCACCCACGCCCGCCAGCUGCACGAGGAGUCCGUCAUCCUGCGCGCCCAGACCGCCUUCCUCAGCAAGGGCAUCGCCGAGCAGAGGAGGCUCCUCAACAGGGUCCGCCGGAGCAUGAUACGCACCUACGACGCCGGCAAGAGCGAGUUCAAGCACAUCAUCAGGACCCUUGACCUCGCCAACGAGAAGCUCGAGACCACCAUGGAGAUGCUGAGGAACACCCCCGUCGACCCUGUCUUCAGGCCGCCGGGCGAUGACCCAAAAAACUUGUUGGACUUUGUCGACGAGAACCAGGUCCAUGGCAUGCGAGAGGCUCUGAAAGAGAGCAUCGCCGGAUUGCAGGCCACACAGACCUCCUUCGACGGCGACCUCUUCCGCUUCGACGACGACCUCCGCGCCAUCGCCAAGGUCCUCAACUCGUCCGCCUCACCGACACCCUCCAAGUCACCCGCCGACUCGACCAGCCAGCCACCCUCCACCAUCCCGAUACUGGACCUCCUGGCCUCCCUGACCAGCCGCGCCCACUCCAUGGCCGAGCACCUGGCCUCGCUCACCCACCACUUCGACAAGUGCGUGACAGCCGUGCGCAUCACAGAGGGCGGCACCGCCCUCGCGCGACGCAAGGCAGCCGAGGACACCAACAGCAGCGGCAGCCCGGACGCCGUGUCGAUAUCGGGCGUCAUCGCCGAGCAGGAGCAGGCUAACGACGCGGACCUCGACCCGGACGAGAAGGCCGAGAUCGUCCACGUCGUGAUGCAGGACGCCCCCGAGGUGGACGAGGUGGUCGCGGACCUCAACGCCGAGAUGUCCCAGAUGGACGCCGAGUUCGCCGCCCUGCGGGACCAGGCGGAGCAGGUGCGCGGGGGCUCCGCGGCGGUGACGGGCGCGUUCCACCUCCUCGAGGAGGUCGGUGCGCGGCUGCCGGGCUACAUCGCGGCCGAGGCCGAGUUCUCGGAGCGGUGGGCGGCCGAGAAGGGCGGGAUCUCGGCGCGGCUGGGGGAGAUGGAGACGCUGCGGGACUUCUACGAGGGGUACGCGAGCGCGUACGACAGCCUCAUCCUGGAGGUGGAGCGGCGGCGGGCGGUGGAGGACCGGAUCCGGGGCGUGUGGCGCAAGGCGAAGGAGCAGGCGGACCGGCUGGUCGAGUCGGACUGGCGGGACCGCGAGGCGUUCCGCUCCGAGGUGGGCGACUACCUGCCUACCGACCUGUGGGCCGGGAUGAGCGGGCCGCUGAGGCGGUGGGAGGUUGUGCGUGCCGGUGGCGGCGGCGGUGAUGGUGAUGGUGAUGGUGGUGUUGUGCGUGGAGGGGGUGAGGGUGGUGGUGGGGGGAGCAUGAGUUUGAGUGUGGGUAUGCCCAGGCAGGAUGAUGGGAGCGCGGUCACGCUUAGCCGGGAGGUUGUCGAUGCUGCGAGGGAGCGGAUCAGGACUGGUGCGGCGGGGGGUGCGCGGGCGCCUGCUGCUGAGUGAGUGAGUGACUGAGUGAGGGAGGGCUCGAGAAGCUGCGUCCUCCUGACUGACUGACUGAACUGGAUUACCUUUUUUUGCCUUUACGCCGGCGUUUGUGGGCGGGCACACCCACCGGAUCUGCCAGCCGGUCGGCUCAGCCGGUCAGGUUUUUGGGGUUUCUGGAGCCUUUUGCUCCAUUUGUGUUUGUUUGUUUGUUUGUUUCAUCAUACCCACCACCCACCGCCACAUAUGGUUCUUGGCUGGGCAUAUGGCGUUUAUCAUUGGGGUUGUGAUUUUGGUUUCUUUGUUGUUCCUGGUAGGGAUGGAAGGAUAGAUUUAGCAAAUGGACAGAGAUGGAAGAACGGACAGAUGGACAGAUACCUAAGUACAGACAGACAGACAGACAGACAGACGGACGGACCACAUACUUCACUCAUUUUACCUUAAGUUUGGCUGGCCCUGUGGCUGGCUGGUAUGGGGGGUUUUGGCUUGUUCUCCAGCACAUAUUGUGAUAGUAACUUUAUCAAUCUCAUCAUCAACA